AGCUUAUACGUAGUUACUAAACAGAGAUAUCAUCUUUAUCUUAUUACUUUGGUUGAUCACAACUUUAUGCAGCAAUACAGUGGUUGAAAUAAUGGCUCAGUUUGACGAUCUUUUGUUAGAAAUUGGACAAGUUGGAUGGUACCAAGUGCUCCUAUCUUUUGUCAUCACCAUAGGAUACGAGUUUAAUACAGCGUGUUCAAUGCUUAUCUUAAUGUUUAUUGGACCAGAUCCUGGUUGGACGUGCGCAGACAACAGUGACGUGAAUGCCAGCAUGAGUUGGAAUGAGUCUUACACUACCAUGCUCACUCCUUCACUUAAUACAACACCCACGCUAGCUUCCAGCACACCUGUUCCGACUAUUUCAACCAGAGACGUUUGUAAGGAUUGUACAAACUAUAAAUUCAAUAAAGACUUUACAUCUAUAGUCACAGAGUGGGAAUUGGUUUGCGACCGGGACUUUAUAAGUGACACCAUUACGUCUUUGCAAAUGGCGGGAGUGCUUGUCGGAUCUUUGUUUUUUGGGCAGCUUAGUGACUUGUUUGGGAGAAAGAAGGUCUACUUUCUUGCUACAACUUCACUUUGCGUCAUGGGUGUUGCUCAAGCAUUUGCUACAAAUUGGAUACUUUUUGCUGCAUGUCGGUUUGGAAGUGGUGUAUUGAUAGGAGGUAACAUAGUUGUUGGACACGUCUAUAACAUCGAAUUCCUGGGCCCAAAGUAUCGUCAUAUUCCUCUCACAUUUGGAUUGUGGGCGACAAGUUCCCUGAUAUUAUUAGCCAUGGCGUACUUCAUCCGCGACUGGCGCCAUCUCCUGCUGGCAACAUCUGUGCCUGGCUUCACCAUUAUUGGAGCGUGGUGGUUCGUACCUGAAAGUCCCAGAUGGCUUCUUAGUAAGGGUCGCUUUGACGAGGUGACAACUAUUGCGAAGAGAAUAGCCAAGAGAAACAAAAAACCGCAACCAAAUAUGGAGAAAUUCAUAAAGGCGUACAAGAAUGAAACGCCUAAUUGUGAGCCCGGAGUUAAGCACAGUUAUUGGGACCUCUUUCGUACACGCAGUUUAGCUAAGUGCACGCUCAUCUUCUCGUUACAGUGGUUCUGCAUGAGCUUGAUUGGGUACGGGGCAGCAUUCAACAUGAAGAAUUUACCUGGCGACAGAUUCGUAAACAUGUCAAUCUCCUUCUCGUCCGGCUAUCUUAUACCCAUCAGUGUGUUCUUUCUGCCGCGAUGGUUUGGACGUCGUACAAUAUGUGUGGCUGGCUUUUUGAUCUCAUCCAUUGCUUUUAUUCCAAGUGUGGUAAUUUAUAUCAUUGACAAAGCUGAUGACCUAUGGCUUCUGGUUAUCAUUCUAACUACGAUAGGCGGAACUGCGCAGGGGGCAUCGUGGAAUGGCUCUAUUUUACUUGUAACGGAAACUUACCCAACUGCAAUAAGAAAUAUUGGGCUCGGGUUUGCGUCUAUGUCUGCACGUUUUGGAGGGAUACUAGCUCCCCAGAUGGCUUAUUUUGGUACAUUUUGGGCACCGAUUCCAUUUGUAAUGAGUGCAGCUUUUGCUUUCUUAUCUGGGAUUGCAAGCCUUUACCUGAAGGAAACCAAAAAUAAAAUUUUGGUAGAUGAAGUACCAGACAGAGAGUGUUGCCUUUGUUGCCCAUUGAAGAAAGAAGAUGACGAUAAAAUGGAUGACAAAGAAUUUGUCACAGUGACUGAACUUUGAACGUUUCUCUCCAUACAUAUUCUGCGCAAGUAAACAGGCCGAACAGCGGUAUGCUCACGCGUUAAUUACUCUUAAAAAUUCCAAGGGGACGUUAAAUCAGUCUAAGCCAGAAUUUUGAACGCAUUCUGAGAGCAUGAAUUGCUUCUUGAUGAACUUAUCUGAGGACAAUAAAAUGUAUAUUGAAAGAUAAAUGGCCUUAACCAGUAUCGCAAGAAAAAUAAAAUAUAUUCACCGUCCCCUGUCCAACCUCGGUAUUCAGUCAUCUUGACACAGUUUUAACGCAGUUCACGGGCACGAGAGUCUCGCGAUAUGUGGAAGUCAAGUCAUGGAGUGAAUGGUGUAUCUGGAGAACCUGCGCUUAGGCGCGUGUUUUGAUUUUUUACUUUUUCCAAAACUGUUACAGGGUAAUGGUGAGUGGCAAGAAAGGAAGUAAGAGGGGAGAAAUGUCGAUUAACCGGUUAAAUAUGAGUUUUAGAGAGAAAAUCCUGGAUUGAGAUGUUUAAAGUGUUGCCUUGCUCUUCAAAAUACAUUUUAGAACUGUAAAAAGCAACUGCCCU